AUAUGACAACAAGCAUGCUGUAUUAUUAAUGUUAAGCGUUUCGUUGAGUUAGACAGUGUGUAGUUUAAGCGUUUUAACCCCCCCCCCCAUCGGCGCAUUUUAAUCCUUGGUUGGCUGGCAACAAGAAGGAGAGAAGGUUGUCCAGACUCCAGAGGUUGAUUAAGCUGUCGGAAGAAGGUUCAAAGGAGAGGUGGCUGUCUGUAACCCUGCACGAGAAUGUAUGUAUUUAUGCAAGGAAGCAUUUGCGUUUCCCGGAAUUCCCAACGUCAGAUCUCGUCCUGGUUCCUCACCAAUCAAUCAAUCACCCUUCCCCCAAACCUAAAUUUCCUGUAUCUAUCGACGUUCUUUCUUAUUUAAAUUUUAAGUCCUCUGCCUUUUGUUUUCUUCUUUUUCCACUCUUUGCUUCUCUCACUCCGUUGAAUAUGAGACAACCGAAUUCACAGUUCCCAUUCUCAGAUCUAUAAGAGAGUGGUUUGGAUUUCUAUCCGUUAAAAUUAUCGGAUUCGCUAUGGCGACGAGAAAUCGGACUCCCCUGUUCAGAAAGCAUAGAGAUGCUUUGAAGAAUGUUCGUGUUCCAACGAUCUCUUCUUCCUCUCAUUCUUCUUCUGGUUCCUCCGUUGGUAUGGCGAUCGAAUUGCCCAACAAUUCUAUUCUGCAUUCUAAUCGGUCUUAUGUUCCACUCAGUACUGAGGAUCCGGGAAGUUCUAGGGGUGCAGCUACUGUUGGUCUACCUCCAGCUUGGGUGGAUGUUUCUGAAGAAAUAACAGAAAAUAUGCAACGUGCAAGAACAAAAAUGGCUGAGUUGGUCAAGGCUCAUGCAAAGGCUUUAAUGCCAUCCUUUGGAGAUGGAAAAGAAGAUCAACGCAUGAUUGAAGAUCUUACACAAGAGAUAACGGAUCUAUUGAAGAGAUCUGAGAAGAAAUUGAUGAAACUUUCUGCAAGUGGGCCUUCAAAGGAUUCAAAUGUUAGAAAAAACGUACAGCGUUCUCUUGCAACUGACCUUCAGAGCCUUUCAAUGGAGCUACGGAAGAAACAGUCAGCUUAUUUAAAGCGUCUUCGGCAGCAAAAAGAGGGUCAAGAUGGAGUUGAUUUGGAGAUGAAUUUGAAUGAUAAGUUCAAACCUAAAGUGGAAGAUGAUGACUUUAUGGAUAUGGGUUUCAAUGAGCACCAAAUGGCCAAGGUAAAGAAAAAUGAGGCAUUCACAGUGGAAAGGGAGAGAGAGAUUGCACAGGUUGUAGAAUCAGUGAACGAGCUUGCUCAAAUCAUGAAAGAUCUCUCAGUCCUUGUGAUAGACCAGGGGACGAUUGUUGACCGGAUAGAUUACAACAUUCAGAAUGUUGCAGCCACAGUUGAAGAGGGGUAUAAACAACUUCAGAAGGCAGAGAGAACACAGAGGAAAGGGGGGAUGGUGAUGUGUGCGACGGUGCUUGUUAUAAUGUGCUUCAUCAUGUUGGUCCUCCUGAUUCUCAAAGAGAUAUUCUUGUGAUCGGUGAAUAUGGCAGUCCUGAAUUGAGCCCUCCUGUCAGCUAACGUCCCCUGCAGCUUUAGACAUACAAAGGUACAAAUGUUGCAAGUAGCUCGUAGGGGACACUAUGAGAAUGGGGAAGAUUUGGUAGAUGUCCCGAUUUGAUAUUACAACAUUAAAAGAGUGUAAGUAAAACUAACUUCCUCGAGAGAAUUGUGAAGGGGAUGGCGUCUCUGGGAACGUGUGCGCAGCUUGUAUUUUGUUCUCCCUCCCCCUCCCCAUUUGGCUAGAUUGUGAAAGCCAGGCCAGGGAUAGGGUUUCCAAUUUAUUUUUUAUUUUUAAUUUCCCAGGGGGUUUUGUAGGUCGCCCUAACCUCACUAUAUGAGGAACAAGAGAUUCUUUUACGUUUGUAUCAAUUCUUUCAUGCCAAUUCUUUUCACGCAAUAAAAUGAGUGCGUUCCACUUCCA